UGGCGAUUUCCCCGCUUCAAACUUCAAAGCCCUAACUCUGAAUAGAGAGAAUGUGCGCUACACUAGGAUCAAACUGAUUCCAGCCCAACCAUUCUCAUCAAUGAACCUUCCAAAACUCCUCCUUAAUUUCAAUCAAUCAAUCUGGCUCUUAAUUCAUUCCCUACUACAAACCCUAGGUUUCACUCUUUUUUUCGAAUGCAUAUUCUUUCUUGGAAUUUCAAGAUCCAAACCAUCUUCUUUGCAAAAUCCAUUUCAUAUUUUCACCUAUUUGAUCGAUUUUUUUUUUUUUUUUCUGGGUUUCACUUGCAUGUCUCGGGUAUUUGAGCCACUUCGUGUAGAGGAAGAACAAAUUUUUAGUUCGAUCUUAUUUCUUCUAGGCUUUCAAGAUCCCAACCAUCGGUUUCUCCAAAACCCAUUUUAUAUUUUCGGAGUAUUAUGCGAUUUCUUUUCUGGGUUCCGUUUGAAUGUUUCAGAUACUAAAGCCAUCUUUUGACUACAAUAAUUCAUAUAUCUUGUUUCGUGUAUAUUUUUGAGUGAAAUGGCCUCUCUGAAGUCUGGGGGACUUGCAAAACUUCUUCAAGACAUGAAUGCAGAUAAAAAGAUAUCAUCAAAAGAUGUCAAGAAACCUGUGUUGUUGCAAAUAAGAAGCAUAAUUCCGAUGCUGGAAGAAGGGGAUUUUUGGCCUAAUAAGGGCUUUUACUUGAAGGUAGCGGAUUUGUCACAUGCAAUGUAUGUCUUGUUCCCUCGUGAGCAAGAUGAGAUGAUUUUGAGCAACAGAUUGCAACUUGGGCAAUUCAUUCAUGUGCAGAAGUUGGAGGCCGCAUUCCCGGUUCCUUCCCUCAAAGGUGUCACACCUGUCCCGGGUAGGCAUCGCUGUCAGGGAGCUCCAGAAGACAUCGUGCCAGCGACAAAUUUGGUGAAGUUCCUUGAAGCAUCUAACUUGGAGCCAAUAAAGGACAAGGGAAUUAUUUCAGAGAAGAAGACAUCAACUGUUGGGUUAUCUGGUUCUGAGCCUUUGACGGACAAAAGUAUUGAUGUUGGGAAGGGGAGGAGCCAAGGUAGGUUGCGUUCUCUGAGUGCUUCAAGAGUUCAUUCUCUUGAGCAAAGAGGCGGCUUGAAUUGCAUCACUAAAAGAUGUGAUGAUAAGAAUAGAACUUCAGAUCAUUUUGACAAUGAUACAGAUUCUGACAUUCCUAAGCCUACAAGGAGGAUAUCAAAGAGAAGAAGCUGGACUGAGAUGGAACUUUUAGAUGUUAAGGAAAUUUUCAACUCUUCCAUGGCCAAGCACGAGACAGUACCACGGGCAUGCAGUCGCAGUGCUCAUGUGAUAACAAGGAGAAGAGUUGUUGAUUCAUCUACAAAAUCAGUUAAAAGUUCAAACAGAACCACAACCUAUGCUUCAAAGAAGCAUGAGGAGGCCUCUUAUGCAAAAGCAAUGUGCAGUGCAGUCAAUGGCAAGGAAGGGGCAGAAAGUAGAAUUUCAUGGGACUCUCUCCCCUUGAGCCUGGCAAAUCUUGGCAAGGAUAUGGUAAGACAAAAAGAUGUUGCCGUGCUGGCUGCUGUCGAGGCUUUGCAGGAGGCUUGUGCUGCUGAGAAAUUGAUCAAAUGCCUAAGGACAUAUUCAGAUUUCCUAUCAGUUAAAGGGGAUGAUCCACAACCAUUCGUUGAAAAGUUUUUCGAUCUCCAGGACAACUUGGCUCAGGCCAGACUAAUGGUGCAGUCACUAACCAACAUUAGUCCAACCGAUAUGAAGAACACAGGUUCAAUAAAGGAAGUGCUGAAUUUGGCAGUUGAAAGGAAAAACAAUGCAACUUCAUGGAUCAGAUCUGCCGUGGCAUUUGAUCUUUCUCCGUGUCCAUCCUCUCCCACGCUCACAGCCACCACAGCUGCUGGUAACGCAGCAACCAGGUCGAGCACAACCAAUCGAGUUUCCAAGCCAAAAGUCGCGUGUAUAGUUCGGAAGCAGAGGAAUGACAGUACCAACAAGGAAAGCCAAGUGGAGUGGACAAGGGGAAGUACUUUUCAUGGAGCUGCCAAGUUAGCCAGAGCCUUGCAGGACGAAAGCCGAAGGUCAUUCAUUGGCUACAUAGAGAAAUUUCUAGAUGGGGCUGAGAGCAAAAGCUUUUCAACAAAUUCAGGAAGCUGGAUAGCUGGGAUGAUGUGCCAGAUGGAGAGAGUGAAUGACUGGUUGAAUCCUGUCACUACAGAGGCCAACUUUGAAAGCAGUGGAUGCAAAGGAAGCCCCGCAAUGGAGGAUUCUGAAACAGUUUUGAGGAAAGGUGAGGAACAAAAUAUAUGAGGUCCUAUUGAAGCAUGUUGAGAGGACAGCCAUGGCAUUGGAGAAGAUGAAUUUUGCCAAUCAAGCUUAAUUGAAGAGAUUACUAUAAACUUUAGGGCCUCUCUAUAACUUUGCAAUAUAUAAAUAACAGAGUGUACUUGUACUUCUUUCUGUGACCUCUUUCUUUGUGUAUUGUGACUUGUGAUUGUUGCUGGACAAAUUAUACAAUACUUAUAAUGUGUGUUUGAUUAUAUAUUCAUUAUGUAUUUAAUAUAAU